AUGCAAAUGGGCUAUGGCGAGGUGCUGCAAAGGGAACGGGAGGAGCUUCGGGCAAAACUCGUCAGCGUGGAGGAGAAGGUGAGGCGGAUGAGUGAAAUGGGUGGCGUGUUUUGUGGAGUGGCCGAGGCCAAGGUUGGUACGUUGCUGCAGCAGGUGGCAGCAUCUCAGCAGGCAGAGUUAGCUCUCAAGAUACAAGCAGUGGAGCAGGACAGACAGAGGGCUGCCCUCGCACGGGAGGUGCAAGUGUGCUGGGCUGACCAGGCAAGAAAUGCAGCUGAAAUUGAGAGAAUUGCAGCUGAGAGGGACGAGUUUGCCAGGGAAACAGCACAGCUGCUGCUCGUAGAGCGGGAGGUGAGGCAAAGUCAGGUGGAGGCUUUGGUGGUGGAGGAGAGGGCUGUUGAGCUGGCAGUGGAGGUGGCAGCUGCUAAUGAGAGAAGUGCAGCCAUGAGGGAGAAAGUCGUAGUGCAAGAAAGGCAGCUGAGGGCAGACCUGAAAGAGGGACGAAAGCAGAUGGAGGUUCUGGUGGAGGAGAAGGAGAAGGUGCUGGAAGAGCAGAAGCGUGCUUCGAAGGAUGCUGUUGAGAGAACGAGGAGAAAUGAGGUGGAGAUCGAAGAUGUGAGAGAGAAGGCGAGAAUGUUGGAAGAUGAGAAGAGGUCGUUCCAGGAAGCCUUUGAGGCAAUGAAGAGACAGCAGGUGGAGAUGGAAAAUGCUGGGAGAGAACAGGUGAUGGCGUUGGAAGGGCAGAAGAGGACCUUGGAGGUUUCGGUUGAGGGAAUGAAGAGGAAGUUGGAAUAUCUAACGAGAGGAUAUGUGCGGGCUUUGGUGGGGCAGAAGGAAGAGCUCAAGUCGGAAAAUAGAGGGUUAUUUUUUCCGUAA